GGCGUCGUCGAGUAGGUGUGUUUUUCUCCCCCGCUCCGCCGGUCGUGACUGGUGCUGCAGUAGAUGACAUUCUUGAAGACUGCAUAGUUUCGUAUUCGACUUUUUCUACAUUGGUUACCGGAUAACACUGCUGUAAAAGAAUGAGUUGAUUGGUGAACGGCACGAUUGGAAAUAUGCUUUUUUAAACCUAAACAAUGGUUGGUGGAAACGUGGUGAGGAUUAGUAACAGGUUGAACAUCGGCCUAACGAAUCAAACAAGACUUUCAUGAUAAGAGCGAACGUAGCCUGGUUGUCGUAUGCUUUCGAGCUGUGCCAAAUAGUGUUAGGGAAGUGUGACCAUCAUGUAUUUCAACAGAAGAAAUCUUUAUUAUCAGAACUACCCGUAUUUUUCUCCAUUUGGAUAUCCUGUGCAACAAGAGGAGCAGCAGAGGUCAUACGCCCAGGCCGCCCUCGCGGCACAAGCCAAGCUAAGAGCCUACAGGCUCUCGGCCAUUUCACAGCAACAACUGCACCAACAACAGCAACAGCAGCAACAGCCGUUGCCCUCAAAGGAGGGCGCCGGCGACGGAGUGUCUUUCGUCAGGGGCUCCGUAAGUAAUAACGCCGGCGGGCAAGGUGACUUCACCCCCUACGGAUAUGUCUCAAGGCCCGGUUCCACACCUCUCAGUUACAGCUUAUGGGGAUCUAGUGCCUCCACCACGAGUUCGGAAGAAUCUUACAGACGUCACUUCAGUCGAAGUUUGUGCCGCGUCGUGUUCGGAUGUGCGGUACUCCUCGUCAUCUUGGCCGUCCUCGGCAUCGUUGGCAUUGCCAUUUAUUUGGGCGUCCUCACUAAUGAAGACGAAGGAGCCGAGUUUGAGGUUCGAUACAACGGUCACAUGAGAAUCGACCAAGGAGACACUUGGAUACCCGCGCUGCAGCUAGUGGAUUCUCCUGCCUUCAAAGCCAAAGCUAAUAAAUAUGAAAAAAUGCUGGAGAAAGUAUACGAGAACAGCUUCUUGAGAGGAUCUCUAAGAAGAGCAAAGGUGGUGCGAUUCACGAAGAACCUCGAAAAGAACAAAGGUCUCAAGGUACAAUUCACGGUGGGACUCGACCGACGGAAGAUGCCAAGCCAUGUGGACAACACUGUCAUGGCCGUCCGAGACGUCCUUCUACAGGAGUUGAUGAGCAUGGAGCCGGUGGCUUUCAAGACUGUGGCGGUUGACAUCGAUUCCUUGAAGAUUGCAAGAGACACUGAGGUUGGGGGAGUUGAAGUUCCAAAUGCAGCUGUGGGUCCUGUACCUGUAGCAGCAGCACCAGCAGCGCCUUUGCCUGCUCCCCCGAAAAAGGAAGAAGACGUUCAGGUAAUCAAGGUGGAAGGUACUCAGCAGGCUCCUGGUGGGGCCAUUAUGAUCAGAAAGCCCUCAGGUUCAGCAAUGCGCACACACACACAGCAAGAGGAUAAUCGAGAAAAGGUUGUCACCGAAGCUGCUUCUACCACUAGUACUGUUGGUAACCUUGUAUAUGAAUUUGGACCCUGGAGGCCUGUGAACCCCUUCAAUGUGUUCAGUCCAUCAGCAACCUAUGCCCCAUCAACAACUCCCGCAACAACUCCCGCAGUCAGGACUUCAGAUCAGAGGCAGACAACACGACCAUAUUUCAGCCCAACUAAUAGACCGCCUCAUCAUCCUGCGUUAGUGACAGGACCUAGAGAUAAUUCUAGCCCAGUCACAAUUCCUCUAACAAUGAAGGCAACAACUACCACAACUACAACAAGUGCUCCAACAACAACUACAUCCACGACAACCUCUAGUACUACUACCUCAACUACAACUGCCGCACCACCAACAACUAGCAGUACAAAUCCUCCCACAACAACUCCACUUCCUCCAACGACAGCUGCACCAUUUGCUGUAUUUAGAGACCGUCUAGGAAUCGUGGAUGAUGUCAGAGAUAACAAAAUGACAACAAAGAGGAACCCUUCAAAGGAGGAUCUACAAGCCAUAUUAGCCGAGUUGUUGUUCUUUACAACACCACGACCUCAAGUUCAUCCUCAAAAGUCUGAGAACUUCGAGGGUUUAGACCCGAUGAUAAUCAUUCCACAAUCAGCUCUGGUGACAGAAAGAACAAAAGGCCAUACUCCAAACUCUGAAAAUCGACUUGUCACAUUCCAAAGUAUAUCAGAGCAAAAUAGACCACCUUCAUUGUCUGCUUCUCAUGCUAUCAGUAAUACAGCUACAACAGUGUCAAUGCAGGUGCCAGAAUCACCGAAAGUAACUUCAUAUUCUGGUGUACGAGAACCCAUUCCACCCAUGCCACCUCGUUCGUUUCCGUUGGAUAGAUUCAGGUAUCCCAUUACAUCAUCCUCUUCUUCACCCACCUCUUCAACAUCAGGUUUUAAUAUUUGGGAUUUCCUAACAACAAGAAAACCUCUGAUACUUAAUACUGAACUAGUAACUUCCACCAGUAUGGAUGUUCAAUUUGGCUCAACAGAAAGGUACCCAGUGUACAAACCAGCUCAAGCUCAAGAGACAACCACAAGAUUCCUUGGCCCAGUUUACAGGCCACCCAGUUCUCUUGCUCCAGUGUACCGACCUGAUAUAAAGACUGAUCUUCCAGAAUCUUAUACAUCUGUGUACAAUCCUAAUAACCCUGGAACAACAGAUCAGUAUGGCCCAGUUUACCAGCCAAAUAGUGAACCCUCACCUCUUAAAGACUUUGCAUCUGAUCAGCAUGUUGUAGCAGUUCCAAUUAUCUCAGGUGGUAAUGUGCAGUACCUAACAGUAAAUAGAACAAGAUCAAAUUAUCCUAAUGUAGUUAUUGUAAACCUCCAGACAACGCCAGAAAAUGACUUUGAAACUACGACCCCAGUCACACCAGCCCUCGGUGAUUCAAGGAGACUAGACACCAAGCAGUUAGAAGAUGCCUUCAGAAUUGUUCUUGAAAAACUCAAUUAUCAUGGAGUGGAUGGGGAAACUCAUUUUGAAUAUCCACUGUCCGACCAUGGUUUUUCCAAUAGAGAUGGACAACCUGCUGAUUUUGAUAACUCAGAUACUGCUACUCCAUUGCAUGAAAACUUGCCUGACAAGUAUACUUCUCUUUUGUCUCUAUUGAGGAAUCUUAGCCAUAUUUAUCUUUCAGACCCUGAAGUAAUUCAACAAUUAAGGGAUUUUGAACAAACUUAUUAUUCUUCAGUGACUUUUAAACCAGAAAUAAAUAGUCACCAUGCAAACAUGUCCAGUGGCACUAAUAGUUUAACGACCAUUCCUGAUGUGACAUCUUAUUUCACACAUGUGCAACAGCCAACUAAUCUCACAGAAUCCUCUACAAAAGAUAAUUUUACAAGUUCGACACCGGAUUAUGUUUUCAUUCCACUGACAGACUCUAUUAGUUUUCAGAACCCAAAUAACCAUGGUGAUAACCCUCUUAGACCUGAAUUUAGAAGCAACUGGGAACCAAUUGGUAUGGAGGAGAGGGUUCCAAAGUCUGUACAGCUACCACCACUGCCUUAUAAUGUUACAAGUACUCCAUUACCAGAAACAGUAACUCCUUCUUUAACUCUUUUCAUGACUGAUAUUCAGAACACUAGCCUUUCUUCUCCCCAUAUUAUUGGUGUUUCUAGUAAGAGCCGUGGAAGUCCCAAGUCCACCACCAACUCUCCCAUUCACACUUUUGUCCUGAAGGAAGGUCAGUCACUGGAAGAGCUUCUCCAAGAAAUAUUUGACACAAUAUCAUUGGAAGAAGAAAACGAAACUUCUCCAGCAACUGAAAAAGAAACACCAGAGGCUGAAACUACUACCUUUGAGUCUCAAAUCACAGACCACACCACACAUCCUUCAGAUAACCGCAAUGAUAUCCUGGAGUCUAUCAACAGGAUAUUCUCAGAACAUAUGAACAAAACAAGAAAUAAUUCAGAGGCCUCGGAAAUAACAACAACAACAGAACUACCAACUUCAACAACUACGUCAACGUCAACCUCAACAACAACAACAACUCGAGCGACCACAACAUUACCUACAAGAGCUCCUUUUCGCUACACAACCAAGCAUUCUACUUCUCGUCCCUUUUCUCAUGAACUCUUUCCAGUAAUGACCCGUCCAAUGCAUCCCAUUAGAUUUACUACAACUACUGAAGGCUAUGAAGUCUUUGACGACGGAGACAAUGAAAUCAAGACGACGCUACUUGGCACCAGCCCUCCAUCGACAACAGAGAUGCGAACUGAAACUUCUGUGGAUAUAUCUUACAGUGUGCACUCGGGAACGACAGAACUCAAUUUCAGAAAAAAUGACUCCGAUUCGGCUUGCUCAAGUAAAUCCCAGUUCCGCUGUGAUAACGGCGAAUGUAUUCCUGAAUUUUCACGCUGUAACCUCAUUCAAGAUUGUAAGGAUUCAUCAGAUGAGGCUAACUGUACUUGCGCUGAUCUCUUAAAGAGCAAGUUCCUUAACAGGAAGAUUUGCGAUGGCAUCGUCGAUUGCUGGGAUCAUUCCGAUGAGACGAAUUGUGAUUGGUGUAAGCCUGGGCAGUUCAUCUGCUCUGGAUCAAGCCAGUGCGUAGAACCCAGUCAGGUCUGUGAUGGAAUAACAGACUGUGAAGGAGGCGACGACGAGAAGACCUGCGUCGCCAUUGCUCCCGAUGUGCCUGGGGCUAAUUCCCUCUUCUAUCAUGAAGAAGGCUUCCUGAUGGUACGUAAGAAAGGUCGAUGGGGAAAACUGUGUGUCGACAAUUUCGAGAACGCCAUGUCAAAGGCAGCCACCACCUGGAGUAUCAACGAUCUUGGGCAGGCAGUUUGCAAGACGCUGACAUUCAGCGACUUCCGGCACAUCGAACGGCAAGUGGACAGUCUUCCGCUAUCCAGGUCAGCCGUGCCUCGCAUCCCCGUCGAGCAACCAGGCACUGACGCUGCCCAAGGAUCAGAGGACCCCAUUUACUACGAAAUUGACGUCUCUACCUCUUCUACAUUGGCCUCCCGAGCUCGGUCACUCUUGCCACCUGCCGACUCGGCGGCUUCUUCCAUCAUAAGCACUCUGGCGAGGGACAAGAAGAGCUUAGCGGGAGCCGAUCUAAGGCUGUCGCUUGACUUCGAAAGAACGAGUUGUCCGAGAAAAGAUGUGGUGAAGGUGUCUUGUUCCAGCCUCCAGUGCGGAAUGAGGCCCAGGGCCGUCAGCCACAGGGCUAGGUAUUACCGAAGCGGCCACCUGAGACAACCUCGAAUCGUGGGUGGCAGUAACAGCGGACCCGGGUCAUGGCCCUGGCACGCGGCGCUCUACAAGGAAGGGGAGUACCAGUGUGGAGCCACGCUCAUCAACAACCAGUGGCUCGUAUCGGCUGGGCACUGCUUCUUCAGCGCCAUAACUGAUUACUGGGUGGCCAGACUCGGAGCGCUCCGUCGAGGAACCAAGUUCCCUUCGCCCUUUGAACAGCUGAGACACAUCACUCACAUAUUUAUUCAUCCCGAAUACGUCGACACAAGCUUCAUCAAUGACAUCUCCCUUUUGAGACUGAACGAACCCGUCAGCUUCACCGACUACGUCCGUCCUGUGUGUCUCCCAAGUCCUGGUGCCGUCGUCAGAAAUAAUCGCCUCUGCACUCUUGUAGGAUGGGGCCAGCUCUUCGAAGUUGGUAAAAUAUUCCCCGACACGCUACAAGAGGUGCAAGUGCCCUUAAUCUCAACGUCGGAGUGCCGCAAGAGAACUGUGUUCCUGCCCUUAUACAGAAUCACAGACGACAUGUUUUGCGCAGGAUACGACCGCGGUGGAAGGGACGCCUGUCUGGGCGACUCCGGUGGACCCUUGAUGUGUCAGGAACCAGAUGGAACAUGGAUGUUAGUAGGUGUCACAAGUAAUGGCUACGGUUGUGCUCGCCCCCACCGUCCUGGAGUGUACACCAAAGUUGUGAAAUACCUUGAAUGGAUGAAUCAGGUGAUGGAACUUACCAAAAGUGAACUGGUGGUGCCUAUGCCAAGCCGGUGUAACGGUCAUCGUUGUCCCUUGGGUCAGUGCCUUCCAAAGAGCAGUAUCUGCAACAGCAUGGUCGAAUGUUCAGACGGAUCUGACGAAGCAAACUGCAAGUAGAGUCCUUUUGUGGAGAAAAUUUCACCGGAAUCCUCAUAUCUGCAUCUGCGUCGACCUACAGCUCACAGAAUACUGCGAUGUUUUGCGUGGUCAGCCGAGCGAGAUGCAGCACGGAAGGAGCUGCAAGGAGAAUCAGUUUAUCCUUUACGUCAGAUACUACGCCUGGUACUAGAUCAUACGAUCGGAUGUUCCAUAGGGCGCGUCGUCUAAAGGGGAAAUUUACACAUACUUGACAGACUGGCCCAAAGUUGCAGGUCAAGGCCUCUGGUUCUGGCAGCCGGAAAGAGGCUUGGUUGUGAGGUUCAGGAUAAGUUGUCAGCCUCAAACUUGAUAAGGACGAUGCGAAAGGUUGACGCUUUUACCUGUAGUGUUUGGAUCAAUAUUUAUUGUGCCUUCAGUCAAUCCACACACAUUUACCGAAAUGUGCCUUAAGGCUCUAAAAAGAGAGCUGGACUGAAAGUGUGCCUAACGCAUCGCUAUACUGUAUGCAUUUUCAGUGACAAAUUACAUCUGUAUGGAAAACCGUAUUAAAAAAAAUCACAGCUUGUAAUAUAAAAGGAUCGGACUUUAUGACUUCUUUAGAACAAUGCAGCGUGAAAUACCAUAGUUUGUGGAUGGUUUUUGCAGAAAAUCCGUUAACAGUUUUGUCAACAACUGUCAAUUCCAUGCUAGUUAAUGAUGGGCAUUAUAUAAGUUAAAAUUCAAUUAGACAGGGUUCGAUUAGGAUUUAUAUACUGCAGUCCAAAUGACCAAAAAGUGAAAAAAAGUGAACAGAAGUAUAUUAAAACUAAAUUAUAUAGAUUUUAGUUUAUCAGAUUAGUUAUGGUACUUUAGUGCUGCAGUUUGUCAAUUACUUAUUUUAGUGACUUGAGAGAUAGGUGUUCAGAGGUCUUAUGUCCACAAGUUAAGAACAUAGACUGAAUGAUUCGUCUUCGGUUGUGAAUGGUCGAUUGUUAAUCGCCAUAGGUAAUUAAUUAUUGUGUUAUUUCUAGAGUGUGCAGUGACAAAUUCUUCCAGAGUGGAGAUUGUUUUCAUUUAGACAAUGAGUCUGGAAAACAUCAUUGCAAUAUAUGUAGAAUCAAAGAGGCUUAGUUUCUUAUACAGUAUCGUGGAGGAGCUGUAUUAAUUAGUUUCUCAUUGAUCGGAUUAUAGUGCAACUUAGAUGUACAUUAGUCAACUCAAAGGCAUUACGAUAGAAAGAUGAUCAUAGAGCAUGACAUUAGAAUGUUUUAUGUGAUAAGAAUAUCUCAGCCUUCUACACAUGUACAUAGACACAGUUACCUGCACAGCCAGGUUUUUGUAAGUAGUAUUUCACAGUUUGGAUGUUGAUCAUCCCGAACCUAAAGAGUCGUAAUUUAAGGCUGCUACAGGUACAUGGUAUACCCUUUCUGACUAAAUGGUUAUUGUGGUGUGUUCCUCCUUACUGAAACCACCUACAGUUUUUUGCGUAUGUGCAACGUCCCGGACCUUGACCCAUUUGUUUUUUAAAUGACGCAGUUAAGUCUACAGACGUUCAUUAUAUUAUUCGUAGUGUUGUAACUUGAUUCAUAAUAUUUUCAUAAUGUAUUUUCGUUUAUAAAACGUUUUAUUUAUUAAUAACUCGUUUGCGUAUUUUUUCAGUUCAGCUCGUGCGGAAGCGAUUUCCUAAUCACAGUACCUCAAGACUUUUCAAUAAUACCGACCUUCCUAUGAACACACGAACAUAAACAAUUACUACUACUGCUGCUGCAGAAAGAGGAGCACAUCUAAUAAGGCAUUUCUUAGACUUGGUAUUCACGUCUGACGUAUAGUACUCGUAGCAAUAUUUUACUUUUACUAUAAGAGUAUAGUUGCCUUCAUAGUCACUUAUUCAGGUCACAAAUCAUCUUUCAUUCA